AUGAGUUCCAGUUUGAGGGAACGACUAAAAAGAUCAAGAAGAUCGUUUUAUUCCCCCACCAAUAAUAAUAAACAGCUGUCUCCUGGACAAGGUGGCCCAAAACUGAAAGACAUUCCACCAACUGAGACGACCCCCAUCAGAACUCUGGCAGAUCCUAAAUCAGAACUUAAAUCCUGCCAAACUAAGAGAAGGAAAACAGAAACAAACGCAGAACCUGUUGUUAAAACUGUUUUGUUUUUAGCACCACGUUCUUCAAGCCAAGGGAGAAAUUCUGAAGAAUUAUCUGUGGACAGAGAGAGAAAAAACACAGAUUCCAGUCCAGAUAAAGGAAACCUUCCACAUUUACUUGCAAUGAGAGAUGUACUGCAAAAACAAUUAUCAGAAAAAGAAGAGACUUUGCGAAAAUUGAGGAUGGUGAAAAUGUACAGAACAAAGAAUGAUUUGGAUAAAUUGGAAAGUUUGAUUAUUAAGUGGCGCAGUGCAAGUCAAGAUACUUUACGAGAACUCCAAGACAAGCUGCCAAUGAAAGAUAAACCAACAAUGCAAGAACUCAUUGAGAACUGGCAUUUAGAUUCCAAACUUUUACAUUUUGAUGAAGAAGUUGAUUGUUUCAAAGAUUGAUUAAGAAGAUGUGUACCGGGUAUCAAAAUUCUGUUCAACCCAAGACAACGGCAGUUACCAUAAGGAAAUGCGUCCUCUAUAAGUCAAUAAUGAAACUACUUUUGUCUGAGAUGAGAUUAUAAUACCCCCCCCCCU